UGCGGCGCUGGGGCAGCGCCUGCCCGGGGCAGGGCCUGUGAGCCCCUCGCAGGCUCCUGCUGACAGACCCUGGCUCGCUCAGAGGACUCGCAGCGUUCCCUCUCUGCUGCCCCCACAGUCCCUGCUGCUGUUCCUGGCUUCCCCUGGGUCUCAGCCGCGUUGCCCCUUGGGCCCCACGCACCUUCUCAGCAGCGGGUGUAGUGUGGACUCCUCUCACAGUGGAAACCUGUGCCUACAAAAACCAAUUACCAAGAAUUCAAGGAGAAAUUACUUUGAAUAAGAACCUGAGGGUCCAUCUAAUGCCACCCUUAAGCCAGCAUAUGUACAUUGAAGUGGCGCAUGGUUUUCCUACAACGUGGGGUAGUGAGGAGCUGGGAGACAACAGCAGCAUAAGAGAUCAAACAGAGGCAAUGCGUUAUCAAACCUCACUGUUGUACUCUGCAUUUUUUUUUGAGUUGUGGUUCACUUUUCUACAGAAAGACUGGAUCAACUUGGAGACCACUUUCUCUUAUGUAGAGAGAAAGAAAAAAUCUCUCUGCUUUGAGGCCUGUUCCUAAGAAAACAGAGGCAUCUGUUUUUCACCAGUAGGUGAUUCACUGCACCUUUAUUUCACUGGCUCCAUUCACUUGCCCUCUGCUCUCUCUGCAAGCUCCCCUCCCCGCUGAAUAUUGGUGUUAUGUUUUUACAGCACACUGAUCAUUAAUACCAGUCCAUCCAACAAAACAUGAAGACUAAAACCAAAGGGAAGAAACAAAGGCAAACUGUUGACAAAGAAGCAUUUUCUGAAGAGCCAGCAGUGAGAAAAAAGGAUCUGGUGAAAUGUUUGCAACACAAAGAAAGGAGGAAUGGGGGAAACAAGGAGAGCAGCAAGAUCCCCACAGGCAGAGCCAAACGUCCUUGGAGCAGUAAGGACAGGCUGUUGAGGAGACUGGAAAGCAACGAGCGCGAGAGGCAGAGAAUGCACAAGCUCAACAACGCCUUCCAGGCCCUGCGGGAGGUGAUCCCUCACGUGAGAGCCGAGAACAAGCUUUCCAAAAUAGAGACUCUGACACUGGCCAAAAAUUACAUCAAAUCCUUGACCUCCAUUAUACUCAAUAUGUCCAACGGACACUUUCCAGCAGUAGAAGGGAUGGGGGGAGCCUGGGGAUCCAAAUUGUACCAGCAUUAUCAACAGCAGCAUGGGGAGGAUGACCAUGAGGAACAUCUACAGAAAUAUUCCACAUAGAUUCAUAACUUCAGCCAAAACACCAACUGCCAACUACUACUGUCAUUGUUUUUCCUUCUUACAUCAUCGUACAUGUCAUUACCUAGAGGUUUAAAGAGAUUGUUUUUGCCUCUAGUCUCUCCUUUUUUUUUUUUUUUUUUUUCUCCUUAAGAAGACAAACAGGUAACACUCAUGGCUAUAGUUUAUAUGGCACAUUAAAAAGUUACCUUAAACCCUCAGAAUUUUUCAGAGCAUAAUGAAUGUGUUUGUGUGGUGUGCCAGGGUCUGGAAACCUAUCCUGUAACACUGGAGUUGACUUGAAAAUAGUGAUUUAGUAACUUGUGAAAAUUAGCCUGGAGUAGAGUGGAGUUGAGCCUUUAAGGUCUGUGUCACCUGGGUUCCUUGGAGGUUGUUGAGAAUCUUGGUUGUAGCUCUGUUCACCAGCCUUUCCAUUACUCAUCUACUGUGCUAAAGAGAAGACUAAAAUUGAUGACGGCAUUUGACUGAUUUGGUGACUGAAGUGGCACGUAUGGGAAAUUGGUCAUCAAAUCUGAAUAUUUAUCUUGAUAUUUAAACUUUUGUGGAUCUGCCCUGGUAAUUUUGAACCUUGCAAGGCAUAAAAACAUCUGUUGAUGCAAACAUCUGCAAAGCUUUCUUAGAUUGUAAGCUCUCUAGAGUAAGGACAGUUCUGAUCUGCGUUUCCAGAGCAUCUGGCCUCACGGAAGUUUUCUUUAGUGGGUGUCUGGGUGCCAUUGUAAUGCAAAUAGUAAAUCAGGGACAAAUUACUUACUUUUGCCAAGACAAUGAUAAAAAUGCUUUAGUAUAGUCUUAAGUUAGACAAUUCUUUGGCCAGUUUAAAUUAUUUGCUAAUGAAGCCUGUGAUGUGAUCAGGUUCUUUCUGGGUUAGUGUUAGAUUCUGAUGCUAUGAAGCAAUAAAUGAAGCA